AUGGUUCCCAUGUGGGAUUUCGUCUUGUUCGGCUAUAAUGCACAGGUGCAGCAAACAGGAAUGGCCCCUGCUCCGGGUUCUGGCUUCCAGGUCCAUCACUUCCUGGUUCUGGACUGUGGGAACCGGAAAGCCGCCGCACAGUCCAGUGCCAUGGCCCGCGAGGAGGUGGCGGCAGGCGAGGGCGGCGAGCUGCUGCUGGAGAUCGUAAGCUCCCCUCUCAACCUGAGCCUGCUGGGCCUCUGUCUAUUCCUGCUCUACCAGAUCCUGCAGGGCGAGCGGCCCGCGGCACCCCCGGGCAAGGCGGACCCGCCUCUGCCGCCCAAGAUGAAGCGCCGCGACUUCACGCUGGAGCAGCCCUUCGACGGCGUGAGUGACCCGCGCAUUCUCAUGGCCGUCAACGGAGUUUUUGACGUGACCCGCGCCAGGAAGUUCUACGGGCCCGGGGGGGGGCUGCAGGGCCCAUAUGGGAUCUUUGCUGGAAGAGAUGCAUCCCGAGGUCUUGCCACUUUCUGCCUGGAUAAGGAGGCACUGAGGGAUAAGUAUGAUGACCUCUCUGAUCUCAACGCUACACAGCAAGAGACUUUGAGGGACUGGGAGUCACAAUUCACUUUUAAGUAUGAUCAUGUUGGUAAGCUGCUGAAGGAGGGGAAGGAACCCACUGUGUACUAUGAUGAAGAUGAAAAAGGUGCCCAGAAUGCAAAGAAAGAGUAG